AGAACCGCACCGCAGUCAAACCGCUUGUCUUGCACCGCAGUCAAAAUCUAGUUAUUAUUAAGACUCAACAUUGCGAACUAACAUAUAUAUGGUUCUGCAUUAACAGCUAAGCAAGUUUGAAUCCACAGACAAGAGUUUCUGAUGAUUAUUAUUCUAUUAUCCAGAAACAACCUCGCGUUUUUAAGGCUCCCAAAAGAGUUGACUUCGCAUUCAGUAUUCAGUAUUAAAUUGAUACAAACUAAGAACAAUAACAAAAUUUUAUUGUAAUGUUAAUAAUGGACCUACCUCAUCCUUAUUCAUCAUCAACACUCUCUAUAUAAACCGCUAAAUCUAAUGUUUUAUUCACAUUAAACAAACACCAAAAAGUUCCCAGUAACAAUGAAAUCUCCGUUGAUCUUUCUCAUUACACUAUCAUUCUUUCUUCAAUCACUCCUUGUUGCUUCUCACAACCUAGCAAACUCUUCAACCAUCUGCAAAACGACGCCGGAUCCAAAAUACUGCAGAUCUGUUUUCCCACACAGCCAAGGCAAUGUUCAACAAUACGGCCGUUUCUCAAUCCGCAAAUCGCUAUCGCAGUCGCGAAAGUUCAUUCGUACGGUUGAUAAAUAUUUAAAACGCAACGCUCAUUUAUCUCAACCCGCCGUUAUCAGAGCUCUCCAAGACUGCCGUUUCCUCGCUGGUCUAACCAUGGAUUACCUCUUAACGUCGUUUCAAACAGUUAACGUCACGUCAGCGAAAUCAUCCUCCUCCAAAACGUUAUCGUUUCCAAAGGCUGAAGAUGUCCAAACGCUUCUUUCCGCAGCGUUAACGAACGAGCAGACGUGUCUGGAGGGACUCACAACCGCCGCUUCAUCCUCCGCCACGUGGACCGUAAGAAACGGAGUUGCGUUGCCUCUAGUCAACGACACGAAGCUCUUUAGUGUCUCACUCGCUCUCUUCACUAAAGGAUGGGUCCCAAAGAAGAAGAAACGAGCCGGGUUUGCUUGGGCUCACCCGAGAUCCGGAUCAUCCACCCACACUAAACCAUUUCGUCUGUUCCGUAACGGAGCUCUACCGUUGAAAAUGACGGAACGAACGAAAGCCGUAUACGAAUCUCUAAGCAGGCGAAAACUCACCGACGGUGAUGGAGACGACGGAAGCAUGGUCUUGAUAAGCGACAUCGUCACCGUGAGUCAAGACGGAACCGGAAACUUUACCAAUAUCACGGCGGCCGUCGCGGCUGCUCCGAAUAACACGGACGGAAGCGGCGGUUUCUUCUUGAUUUACGUGACGGCGGGGAUCUACGAAGAAUACGUUUUAAUAGCAAAGAACAAAAAGUACAUGAUGAUGAUCGGCGACGGAAUUAAUCAGACGGUGGUGACCGGGAAUAGAAGCGUCGUCGACGGUUGGACAACUUUCAAUUCCGCCACCUUUGCUGUGACAGCACCGAACUUCGUUGCGGUGAACAUGACUUUCCGGAACACGGCCGGACCGGAGAAGCACCAGGCAGUUGCGUUACGGAGCGGUGCAGAUUUCUCAAUCUUCUAUAGUUGUAGUUUCGAGGCUUAUCAAGAUACGCUCUACACGCAUUCUCUAAGACAGUUUUAUAGAGAAUGCGAUGUCUACGGAACUGUCGAUUUUAUAUUCGGAAACGCGGCUGUAGUGUUUCAGAAUUGCAAUUUAUAUCCAAGAAAACCAAUGCCGAACCAGUUCAACGCAAUCACGGCACAAGGCCGGUCUGAUCCGAACCAAAACACCGGUACGUCUAUCCACAACUGUACGAUUAAACCCGCGGAUGAUCUUGUUUCUAGUAACUACACCGUUAGAACGUAUUUGGGUCGACCGUGGAAGGAGUAUUCACGGACGGUUAUCAUGCAAUCGUACAUUGAUGGUUUUGUUGAACCGGUUGGUUGGAGAGAAUGGAACGGCGAUUUUGCAUUGAGUACGUUAUACUACGCGGAGUAUAACAAUACCGGACCUGGUUCAAACACUACAUCUCGUGUUACAUGGCCCGGUUAUCACGUGGCUAAUUCUACUGAUGCAGCUAAUUUCACAGUCACUGGUUUGUUUCUUGAAGAUGAUUGGAUUUGGAAGACCGGAGUGCCUUACACCAGCGGUUUGAUUUCAUAAUAAUUUUUUUGUUGUUACUCUUGAUUAUUUCUUUUUAUUAAUUUAAUUUGAAGAAAGUGUAUUAUUUAUGUUUGAACUGUAACAACCGAAAACCAAGCUCAACGCGAAAGAAAUGUAGAGCUUUUUAUAACGAAGCUUUAAACAAUUUAUGCCGAAGACUGAGAAAGGAAUACAUGGAUUAUAAAUGAAUGGAAUAAGAUGAAUGCAGUAGAAAAAUGGAAUGGAUUCAUUCCAUUUGUUCCUUAUCAAAAUUGUUUUGGAAUGUUUUGCUUUGUAUUUUGAUUAGAUUUUUUUGGAAUUGAUGGAAUGAACAUUCUAUUCCAUUCAUGAUAAAUGGUAGAAUUUUUUAUGAAAUUAAUGGAAUUAAUCAUUGCAAAGCAUUCCAUUCCAAAAAUGAUCAAUCCAGUUGCAGCCAAAGAAAUGCAAGAACACUAAAGAGAAACACUAAAAGAUUAUCCGACAUUAGUAGAAAUAAUGACCACUUUCGUCCUCUCACUCUUCUUAAAAACCCCAUGUGUUUAGUAAAUCUGAACCUAUUUAGAGAAUCAUGUCUACAAUUUACAAAAUUUAUUAA